AUGCCAGCAGCUGGUGCGGCCGUGCCGGCCGCCGCCGAGGGAGCCGGUCAGCUGGAGGACCUGGACGAGCCGCCGGAGCCACGUGUACGCGGUGGUAGUGGACGGGCCGGUUUGAUGAAACCCCUGGUGGUGUUGGCCCUGCCCGGGAUGUAUCUCUUCUACAAGUACAGCCAGUACAGGAGGGAGCAGCGCGAGUUAUCCCGGAGAAGAGUGACCGAGAGGGAGCUUCAGCAUCUUCAUCACAAAAUCGACAAAUUGCUGACGAAACUAGAGGAGAACGAACCAGAGUUGGCAUCUUCACAGGAAGAUGAGUGCGUCAUAUGCGUGAAUGCGAGGGCGACGAUGCAAACCGCGCCAUGUGGGCAUCGAGUGGUCUGCAGACGCUGCUUCGUCAAGACGAUACAAAUGGCGGUGUCCCAGAGGCUCUUGCCGCUGAGAUGCGUUAUCUGCCGAGCGAAGAUCCUACGGUUGAAGCAGACUCUCAUUCCGCGUGAUUAUUCGAUGUCGGGUAAAUCCUGGGUACUCCCCCAAAGCGCGUCGGAGUACAACAUGGGCACAGGCAUUACCGCCGGCGUGUCCGGUCCCGGCGGCAGAUGGGGAGCCGGAAGCGUGCCAGCCUCUGCCUCUUUAUACUCAAUGGCCAGCGGUUCGUCCUCCAUUUCUGGAGUGUCUUCCGUCUCUUCGGCAACUUCCUCGUCCGCGCAUAGCACCGGAAGUUCCUCUCUCGGCAAACCGACGAGGGUACGGCAACCUAUAGGCGCCACUCUCCGACGUUCCCAGACGCAAUCGAUGAAGAUGCGAAUUCAGGAAUACCAGGAUCCGAUUCAACAAAUCACCGAAGAGGAAGAGAUCAUGCGGGAGAAUCGAGAACGCCGAUUGCCGCCAAUCAAAGAAUUCCAGAGGGACUACCGUGCUGGCAAGGCCUCCACCAGAAUCAGAUGCGCUCAGAAGAUCGUGACGCAGCUGGAAACAUCGCCGAGCCCAAGAGGCACGUCCGCCGUGACAACGUCGACGUCGUCGGCGUCGUCGUGCAGCCGCGCCGCCUCUAAGCGACCGGCGACGGCGCCGAAGAAAAUAUCGGUGGUCCAGGAGGUACAGAAGUCGAAGAAGGAGAAGGAGCGGGAGAAAGAGCGAGAGAAGGCGGAGAAGGCACGGCAGAAGGAGGAAGAGAAAGCGGAGAAGACCAGGCAAAAGGAGGCGAAGAAAUUGGCGAAGGAAGAGAAGAAGAGAGCGAAGAAGGAAGCGAAGGCACGGCGAAAGGAGACCGAGGAGGCACCUCUCCUAAGGGACGAGAAGUAAGGUCUGACUGACUCGUAUAAAAAUCUCGAGAGAGAUAUCGAGACGUCGUCGUGAUACAGGUAUCCUAAAGAGUUGAAGUACUCCCUGGAAAAACAGUAUCCAUCAUUUUUACGGAAAAAGUAACGUUUCAACGGAAAAACGUUGCGUGUGCAUUGGUUAAACAUGUGGCGAAACAUAUGGUAAAAUUUAAAAAAAAGUGUUGAAUGCAGUGUUCCUCCAGGGUGCCCUUCAGUUUUCGACAACUGACGACGCUUUUUUGGUAUCUUGUAUUUACGGAGGAUCGAUAAUACAUACGGGAUGAGUUACGGACACUUCGUACAAUUGCGACGACAAAUUAAAGGAGGCAGAGCAAAAGGCUGAGACUGAUGCCCUUUGAAAAUUCCAGCAUUCAGUUACUGACUAAUGAACAUGGCCUAGCGCGAUAGCGGCUCUCCAAGAGGCGAAAUUGGUGCAAUUACAGAGAAUCUGUUUGUUAAUAAAUCCAAGUGUAUGAUUUAUUCACUGCUGAGCAAGUUACAACAGCUAACGCCCAGAAAAUCGUUUCGAACAGUCCGUAACUCGUCCCGAUUUCCUCGUCAUCUUAAAAGAUUAGGUUCGCAAGAGGGUGAUGAGAGAAGACGUAAUACCUAAAAAUGAAAAAAAAAAAUUCUAGAAGCGGCCAAACUUAGUAACCUGUCAUAUCGAGUUAUCGCGGACUAAUACUAUUAUCGAUAGGAAAAAACUCGAAUAUAGCGCUACAAUCUAGAACUUCAAGCGAUUAUUUCAACGUUAUAUCCCUUAUUACUGCGUCCUUUAUUUAUUCCGAGAUCAUCCUCUAUAUUAACUUGUUUGAGUCAUUCUGCCAAAAUCUGCCAUUUUAUUUAGUCCGAAGUGAUAACCCCUUAGAGUUAAUAAAGACGAUGCGCGCAAAACGUGAUCUCUAUUGAUUAUAAUGAAUAUAAUCAUUGCAAAGGUAUACUCAAUUCAUAGAUCGAUACUCACUUGCGCGACCAGCCAUUCUCACCGCAGCGUUUAAUCGCCGACUACUAAAUUCGCAAUAAUCUACACAAUCCCAUUCCUCCAGUCAAUUUAAACUAGUCAUCAUGUCUACGAAGUCAAGGAAGAAACACUCGGAUUCUUUUACCCUGCAGCAUCUUAUCUCAACAGUGGAGAAUCGCACUCGGGAUAAAAUGCUUGCAAAAUGUAGACGGAAUUUUUCUAUUUUAUUAGUAGCCUAGUAAGAAAAAUUUAUAUGAAUUUAUAUACUUUUAAAUAGUAUUAUAAUAAGUAAGAAAGGUUCAUUUUUAGAAUCCCAAGGAGGUCCAAUAUAAAGAUCUAUACUCAUAGCUUCCUAAAGGUCAAAAUAUUGCGAUUGAAGCAAGAAAAGACGCAAGCAUUUUUUCCCGCUUUCGCAUUUCUCCCGCAUUAAACACCCCCUAUCCCAUCUCUGUCAUAUGUUGUAAAUACACCCGCGCAGGAUUUCAUAAGCGGACGUCGAAGGACGACUUUCGCGCCGCGUCGCAAAAGUCGUACAAGCCGCGUACGACGAGGGUAGCCUAAAUAAGAUCGAUUUGUUAAAAGAAAUUGCGCGAGAGAGUAUACCUAAACGUAACGAAAUAUAGAAGAGUCUUAUAUAGUACACAAUAUACACAAUUUAUAAAUAUAUAUUAUAUAUUAUAAAUAUAGGCAGAAGAGCAGAAAAAUUUUUGGAACGCAGCGCGUGUCUCGUUACUGUUCGUAGGCUCGUAGAAAAAAAACUCCCGUUAUCGAUUAUAUACACACACCUUCGGUUCGAACUCUUCUCCCCCUCCUCCCCUCCCCCGCUCCCCUCCCACCCGCUCGACAAUUCGUGAGCAACUAUUAACUUAUAAACGAGUGAAGCAAUUAAUUAAUGAAAUCGCUAUACUGUAUGGGGCGUAUAGUAGAUUUCUCGUAUAGUGUUUCAACAGACGCAGAUUACAUGAGAGUUACGCGCUGACGAGCUUUAACGACAAAAACCCCUGUGUCGCCGACACACACACCCCACACACACACACACACAUAUAUACGCGCGCGCGCGCGCGAACGCAACAAUUCUUCGACUUUAGAUUCCGCCCUUGAUCUCGAUUGACUAUCCGCCUUGCAAGUCUCCCGUAAGCAGCCGAAAAUCAAAAGAACAAUUUUUUACAAAGUCUACACGUCAAAAACUGCAAGUCUCGAUAUCAAAAAAAAAAGAAAAAAAAGAUCAGCGAGUAGGAAAAUAGUCCGAUGCGAGGAUCUACCUUCGCAACAGGUAGACGACAACUAACGGCGACAGUAAAAUUCAAUGUUGUUAUUUUCAGCGAUCGCAUUUUUAAUAGCAAUGACGGUUUGAUAAUGAUGACAAUACUUCUUUUGUAACCGAAAGAAAGCGGGCGAGAGUGAAAUCUUUCGGGAACCACGAACUGUUUUACGAUGCUAUCACGUCAAAACAGGCGGGACGGAUGAGAAAGUCUCAAAUGCCAUUUCUUGUCUAUUUCAUUGAUUCGCUCUGUCGGAAUCGAGCUCGAUGCACAGUUGUAAUACAGACAAAAAUAAAGAGAAUCAAACAUUGGGCAUAUUUUAAUAAGCUACGCGACAUUAAAUGCGAUAGAAUCGUAAGACACGAAUCAUAUCUGCCUAAAUUUCAGUAUCUCAAAUUGCGGUAUUGAAUAAUUUAAAUUAUGCAACAGCUGUAGAACAACGUAAGUACAAUUUAUUCCCACAGGCUUUUGUCACGUCACGCGAGAGGACAAAAAUUGUAUUCAAAACGUUUAAUUCUUUUGAAACUCAUCAAAAAAUGGUAUGGUUCAACGAUUUAGAAAUCAGGUAGACGCAAUAUGAAAGUAGGAAUCAGCAUUGCCGAGAAAAACGAAUGCCGGCCGUAUUCGUAUAAAGAAUUGGAAUUUUCAAUGUAAUGCUAAAAGCGAUCGUGCACAUAUCAGUAGUAAUUAGUCGAUUUUAAAUUAGCGUUUUCGUUUGAACCGCAUUGCGCCGCUCCAAGACGACCCGAAUUUCGCCCGCCUCCACCAGCGAGUGCCGGGCAGAGCGAAGUAUAAUUAAACAUCAUAAAAUCAUGAGCGACAAUGAGGUUAAUCCGAAAUGCUACUAAUUAGCGUGUAAUAUUAACCGUCAAUUAUUGUACUUGCUGCAUCGAUCCCAACUGCGACGAGCCCGACUCGUACGGCGUACUCAAUAAUCAAAAAAAUAAGCUCACGAGCGAUGCGGAUUCUCCACUUACUGAGCACCGCGUAGGAUCAAAUCGAAAGAGAAUAUAUGUAUAAGAAGAUGAAAAUUUUAACAAAUUGUAAAAUUAUAAUUUUGUAUUGAUUUAACUUCUCUACAUUGAUGAAAAGGAUCUGCAGUAGAAAGGAAUUCGGGGAACUCGAUGUUCUGUACAGGAAGAUAGGAUUUUUUUUAAAGCGAGACAUAGGCAGGUGUAUUCGAGGUUCGUCAUUGUAAGAAGUCAUUAGAACACUUAGAGUUUAGGAAGUUUUUCUUACUACAGCUCAUGCGAAACGCGAGACUUUCUCGAAUCCCGGCGGAAACAAAGGGAGUAGCUGCGAAUGAGAAGCGCAAUUAGCACGUGCAUUUGGAAUGCGAGAGUCGCGACGGGACAGCGCGAGGGUGUCUUCUACUACAGAGCAAAAGUCAAUUUUAUCGAGCGCACCGCGUACACGCAAAUGUUGAAUUCGUGGCCGACCUUCGUGGCAGCAAAAUCGAUACGAUUCGAUUUCCCAAAGUCACGCCAACAGGAAGGAAAUGCUUAUGUCCGCGAUGAGAUUCGUAUCGGAAUGAAAGCGCGGAAGCGAGAACGCGAGAGUUUCGUUAGACGUAUCCUCGCGCAAAGCGCUCUCGAAUCCCUUCGGUACAAGUGAAUGUUGUUAAUUUUGGCGAAAAUACCUUCAACUAUACCAUAACUGAAUUUGAAGAAUGUAUAUUCUACUAUGAAUAAAAGCCAACUUGAAACCAACUUGAUCUAAGUAAGUAAAAUAACAUAGUCUUGUGCAAAUUUGGUGAUACUCAGAAAAUAAUUAUAAAAUUACGUAAAAUUAUAAAGACAAUCUUCAUAAU